AUGCCGACGGACAACAUCGACUCGAAGUACUUGAAGGACACGGUCGCGGACGUCCUCGUCCGCGCGUGCUCCGAGUGCGCGGUCGCGCGCCCGAAAGAUCCCGUGGACUACGUCGCGGGAUGGCUCGCGCGCUACGUCGAGAACGAUUCGAUCCUAAAGAAGCACAACAGCGCGAAGGAUCUCGAGCGGACGGCGCGCGAGGCCGAGGAAGAGGUGCGCGCGGUUUUCUCUCCAUCGCGGCGGCGCGUCGCGGCGCGCGAUCGCGCGCGCUGUCCGACGCCCCGCGUCCCCGCGCGCUCGCGCGCGCCUCGCCGAUUCUUUUCCGUCGCGCGCUGCAGUGCGUGUUUCCCAUUGCGUCGCGAUCCCGCGUCUUCUGACGCCCUCCCCCCCCCCCCCCGCCCGCACCGCCAGGCGCGCAACGAGCGAGCGACCGCGAUCGCGAACCGCCGCAUCCGCACGGACAAGGCGAUCGAGCACAUCAAGACGCUGAAGGGCGACCCGGACAUCCUGUACAAGCACACGGCGAACUACGCCGCGCGAUUAGCGACCGCGCCCGCGAACUCGCUCGUGGUGUACCUCGCGGACCUGGAAGAGCCCGUGAAGGAGGAGGUGGUGAAACUUCCGAAGAAGAAGAAGGCGGAGGGCGAGGAGGGCGAAGAGGAGGAGGAGGAAGAGGAAGAGGAGGAAGAAGGACCCGACUCGGACUUAGAAGAGGAGGAGGAGGGGGAGGCGUCGGGAGACGCGCCCGCGGAGGGCGCCGCGGAGGGCGCCGCGGAGGACUACGGCGGCGCGUCGAUGAAGGACGGCGAGUUCGACUACUCGAAGAUGUUUUACCGGUACGUCGCCGUCGCGGGCACGGGGAAGCGCGGCGCGCACGACUGGAUGCUCGGCAAGACGCUCGAGCGCCCGAAAGGCGAGGUGGACGAGAACGGCGAGCCGGUCCCGCCCGCGGACGGCGAAACGCCCGCGCCCGCGCCGUUAUCUUUCUCCCUCGUCGACGCCGACGAAGACGGCCACCGCGCGCCGUGGAUCGACGUGAAAAACGUGAUGCACCCGUCGCUCGACCCGACCAAGCCGGUGACGUUCCUGAACGGCAUCCCGCGCGUGGGCGCGUACUUCGCGACGCCGAUCACGCUCGCGACCGGGGAGAUCGCCGGGAUGCUGUGCGCGGACACGCUGAAGACGCCGAGCGGCGGGAGCGGCCUGCCCGUCUCCGAGGAGGACAAAGAUUUGAUUCGCGAGAUCGCAGACGCCGCGGCGGAGGCGCUGAGAGACGCCGCGGAGGCGCGAGCGGAGAAGGUCGCGGAGGCGGCGGCGGCGCAGGCGGCGCUCAAGGCGAAGCUCGCGGCCGCCGCGGAGGAGGACGAUAGCGACGAUUCCGAGGACGAGGGCGAGGGCGCGGAGGAGGAGGGCGAGGGCGCAGCUGAGGCGCCCGCGGAGCCCCCCGCGGAGCCCCCCGCGGAGGGCGAAGACGCGGGCGAAGAUGCCGGCGCCGACCCGGCGGCGGCGGCGAGGGCGGCGAUGAAGGCGGCGAUCGCCGCGAUCAAGGCGGCGAAGAAGGUCCUGAAGCAGAAGAAGAAGCUCUUCCGCUGCGUCAAGGAGCUCCUCGCGGAGAUCGACGACGAGACGCUCGCGGAGAUUCGGAGCUACCCGCGCGCGCCGCCGCUAGCGUACAUGGUCGUCAAGGCGUGCCUGUACACGUGCGGGCACAAAAAAUUCGAGUUUGAGUCGUGGGCGCUGACGCGUAAACUCCUCGGCGAGGACUUCCUCGACGAGCUCCGGCGCUUAGACCCGACCGCGCCGAGGAAGGAGAAGGCUUACGCGGGCGCGACGGCGUGCAUGAAAGGCUUGAAGCUAAAGGAGGUGAUGCGCGAGAGCAAAGCCGGCAGCUUGCUCUUCACGUGGGUGCGAAAUUUCAUGCUCGCGCAGGACGCAGCGCAUGAGGUCGCCGUCGCGAAGCAGUCGCUGGCGGAUCUGGAGGCUGCGGAGGAGGCGAGAGCGAUCGCGGCGGCGGAGGCUGCGGAGGCUGCCGCCGCGGAGGCUGCCGCGGCCGCGGCGGCGGAGGCGGAGGCGGCGGCGGCCGCGGAGGGCGGCGAGGAGGGCGGGGAGGCGCCCGCCGCGGAGUAG